AUGCCCACUGAUUCAGCGGCUGGGUUGAAUCACCUUCGUUCGUCAUGCAACGAACUUUUAGCCAAAGCAGACAGCGAUUCAGACUCGGAACACUACAGCGAGCCCGCAGAGCCAGAUGGAUUGCUCGGCCUUAUAGAGUUGGACGAAACCCUACAGCCUGCGCUGGCGCAGUCGAUCUCGACUCGCAAGCCGUAUUCGCGGCGAGCAUCUUUCAUUCGAGGUUUAGCACUCCUGUGUGCGUGUAGUCUGAGUGUUGGGAGUCACUAUGCAUCGAAUUUGCUAGGCCCACUGAAAAGUCGGUUGCAACGGGAAAUGGGCACAUCGCACACAGAGUUCGGACUUCUUAUCGCUGCCUAUAGUUUAAAUAGCACUUGGACACCCCUUGUAGGAGGAGUGCUCGCGAGUAGGCUCGGGACGACGUUUACCAGCAUCCUGGCCACCGGUGUCAUACUGCUGGGCCAGAUUAUACUUCUGCUAGGCGACACAUGGGGAAGCGUCAGGUGGAUGACUCUUGGCCUCUUUAUCUUUGGAGUGGGCAUCAGCCCCCUCUCCGUCGUGCAAGAAACUAUCAUCAUUCGAUUCUUCAAGUCGCAUGGUCUCGGUGUUUCUAUGGCUUUUGGUCUAAUCGCAGGCAAAGGGGCAUCAUUCAUUUCUGCACGGACUUCAUACCCACUCGCGGAACACUUUGGCCCCCGAGCCCCAUUCUAUGUGGCGACAUUCCUGGCUGCUUUGUCUGUUAUUGUCAAUUUAGUAUACGUAGUGUCUUCAAAGUGGCUUGUUGAAGGCGCAGAAGCAGAACUUGAAGCCUCCGACAUAACUGAGGAAGCUCGUCGGCGUCUGUCGAGCAACAUGACUGAAGCCCAAGCUCUAGAAAACGUGGCCGAGAAGAGGAAGGUCCACUUUCGUCAGAUCGCAAGACUUGGGGAUGUUUUUUGGGCAUAUAUAGGCCUCAACAUUUUCUGCGGAAUGAUUUGGUCCCCAUUCACCCAUCUUGCAGCGAAUAUCAUCGAGAAACGCUAUGGAAUGUCGGAAGAGGGCGCUGCUAACCAAGCCUCAUAUCUUUUGGCUGGGAGCUUGGUGCUAUAUCCGAUCUGUGGAUUUCUUGUUGAUCGCUUCAAGCAUCGGCCAAUUGUCAUACAACUCUUGGCUUUGUCUUCCGUGCUAACGUUAACUGCCUACACAUGGCUUGCGUUCCCUGCUAAGAUAACACGAUCCCCUGUGCCAGCUAUUUUUACCUUUGCAAUUGGCCAAGGUUUUGCACCUUUGUUGCUCGUGAUGCUUGUUCCAAGGAUUGUGCCUUUGAAAUAUGUUUCGACCGCUCUUGGAGCGCACAAGAGUAUGGAACAGACAGGAUCAACACUUUUUCAAACGCUCGCUGGUCUUGUGUUAGACAUCAAGGGGAAGGGCUCUGGGCCGGCUGCAGCACAAAGUCUUCUCGAUGCCUUCCUGAUCCUGAACGUUUUUCAACUAUUGAGCAUUGUGUGGUUAAUUUUCCUUGAAAAGCACAAGGAGCGCUGGGUUACCAUUUCAGCGAGACCUCGGGAAAAUUCCGUUCAUAGUGUUGACCAAGAGCGCUCGCUUUUGGAGGACUCGGAAGGCCAUGAUCCCGGCCGACGCAAUUCAAGAGCCCGAAUGGCACAUUACCGAGAUGUGGACAAAACCAGGAGGGAAGUGCGGCGAGGAGAAUUUUUUGGGCUGCUAGGACUGUUACUGAUACUCUCUGUAUGGGUUCUAUUUAUGAUCACCGCUUUGGUUAAACUCAGAAGUUAG